UUAAAUGCAAAGUACCCAAACUGCUAAAGUGUAGACAUUUCAUGUUAAAACAGUGACAACAGACAACAGCUUCGAAACAGUGCUUCGAAAUAUCAUAAACGGUGUUUCCACAUCUAAUUUAAAAGGCGAAAAACCGGUAUAUCGAUACUUGGAAAAUUCUCAUCCGAACAUUCUUAAGCGAUAGUUUUUUCACAGAUUAAAUUGUAUGACAGGGCCUUAGCUUAAAAGUUCCUUUUUCGUUAUUUUAGGUAUCCCAAUGUGGUAUUCCUCAGCGUGGAAAAACAGGAACAACUCGGUUACAGAACUACGGAGUUCCUGCCUUAUAAGAGCUAUUCUCGCAAAACAAUCGGCUACCUUUACGCUAUCGAACAUGGCGCAAAAAUAAUUUACGAGACGGACGACGACAACUACCCAUACAACGGCAACAUUGGCUUCAGGCCGGAGGGGACCGGCACGUUUUUGGUAUACUCCAGUAAUCACGCGGUUAUAAACCCAUACGAGCACUUUGGUCAAUCGAGUAUAUGGCCACGGGGGUACCCUCUGGAGAACAUAGGCGACCCCGCACAACACACGUUUGUAAACUGUGGCGAGGUUAGGCCACUGAUACAACAAGGCGUUGUCAAUGGAGACCCGGAUGUAGACGCAGUGUUUCGAUUGACUCGUAAGGAUGCUGGAGUUAAACUUGAUGUCGAAUUCGAUUCAAACGCCCCUCCGGUUUUGUUACCUCCGGGAAGUUAUGCCCCUUUUAAUUCGCAGAAUACUUUGUUCCUAUAUGACGCGUUUUGGGGCCUGAUGAUGCCGCCCGGUCCCGCAAUGCGAGUCACGGAUAUUUGGCGGGCUUAUUACGAUAUACGCCUUUUGCAAGAAAUUGACGGUUAUCUGGCGUUUUUCGGCCCGAAUGCGUACCAAGAAAGAAACUCUCAUAGUUACCUUGACGAUUUUAUCGACGAAAAAGCAUUAUAUCAUGACGCAAGGCGAUUUAUCGAUUUCCUCAGAAACUGGAAGCCGACAAAAUCGGACUUUUUUAAUCGUAUUAUGGAGUUGACAGUGGCUUGCGUAGAGGAAGAAUUCUUGAAGCCAAUUGAUGCGAUCGUUAUGAAGGCAUGGUUGUCUGAUCUCGUCAGUAUGGGUUAUAAAAUACCCCAAAUGAGCACACCAAAAGUUCCAUGUAAAAAGGUGUUGGAACCUGCGAAAGUUCUAAAGUUUGAAGAAAAACCAUCGUCUUAUAAUCACUUGGGGAAAACACUCAAAAAUAUUUUUUAACUUAGUAAUAUUGACAUUUUAGGAACUAAAGUUUUGCACUAGGUAUGUUAGCAUUUGAAAUAGGUAUGUUAGCAUUUAGAAAAUAAAACCAUAGGCGUAGGAGAUGCGGUCAGUAUUUAGUUGGGCAGACCAUGCAUGGUCUAUCGAAGAGAAGAUGGCAAUGAAACUUAUUGGAAUAAUAUCAUAGCUACAAUCUUGGACGUAACUGGUUGAGACUAUUUUCCCCCUAUAGAAAAUUCGCGUAUUUUUAUGAUAAACUCCAUGUUGAAUCAUGUUGCCAUUCUUAAACCCCCGCUCCCCCAACUCAAUGUUGAGCUUGUAUCAUGGUAUAUUACCAAAAGUUGUUUCGGCGUUGUUCACAACAUUGAACUGGGGGGGGAGGGGGAGACAAAGUUUGUUUUGUCAAUGUUCAAUAACUUUGUAAUAUUAGCUGAAAUGGUCUCAAGGGUUUUGUCCAAGAUUGUAGCUCGAAAUCCUUUUUUGUGAGGGACGAUUAAUGACCAAUUUACCUCGUUGCUAAAACAGGAGGGACGAUUAGAAAGUACUCAUCCCACCAGUUAUUUUAAUAGAUGGUUUGGAGACUCGAUGAAAGUACAAUAUAACUCAUUAACUAUGUUAUUGUCCAGCUUUAUGCAAGAAUUUGGUCCUAUCUCGUCACGUGUGUAUUGUAUUUUCGCUCAAAUAACCAAUAACAAGUUUGUGAUUGAGUUAUCCAUCCUUAAAAAACUCAAUAAUUCAGGAGGAAAACACAAUCAUAAACUUUAGCUUUGAUUUUUUCUUUUUUCUCUUUGAUUUUCAUGCGUAGUCGUGUUUUAUCAGAUAUAAAACGCUCGGCUGCGCCUCGCGUUUUAUAUCUGAUAAAACACUCCUACGCGUACUUUAAAUAGUACGUAACUUGAACAAAUGCUCAUUUUAAACAUUGCUAUUGGCUGUGCGGGAAAACAUACACGUAACGAGAUAGGUCCAAAUUUUUGCAUAAACCGAAACCAACAUAGUUGCAUGCGCAGACGUUUUUCCGCGGUGUUGGUUGGCAGUAUGUUGGUCUGCCCAACAGGUGAGAAAAUUGACUGAGCAUGCGCGUAAACUGCUGGGGUUUUCAGCGGAAGAAGAUGCGUGCUUCCACUUUGUUGAUUUAAAAAACAUAAACAACAUGAACGAAGCCUUCGAAAGACAAUUUUGCAGCUGCUGUUUAGGACUACAAAUCACCACAAAAAUUGAAUUCACUAACAAAAAAUGUUGCAGUAUGUAAUUAUUUAUAGUUUAAAUGUCGAUGUCGUGAAUCUAAAGUGGAAGUUUAUUUAUUUAGGACGACGUCCUAGUCCCAGUCCUCUGCUUAGCCCUGACAUCCUAGCUGACGUCGACCUCGUAGAUCUUAAGCUAUCUAAUGACUGUUCCUUAUUAUCGUGUUUAAAUAAAUGCUUUUAUUAUUAUAUGCACAUUAUAAACGAUAAAAAUGAUUAGGACAAAUAAAAUAAAAACG